AUGCCGCCGAAGGCGAAACCUGGUGCAAAAGCAACUGCGAAGCCGGCAGCGGCCAAGGCCAAAGCCGCCAGUUCUCCAGAACCCAUCGCACCAGUCAAUUCACCUGGGCCAGACAAGCUGUCCGUGUUUGAUGCUGAGACAAAUCUGAAUUUCAUCGAAGAUGACGAUUGGGCGGCCCUUGCAAGCACGGAGACCCCGAGCAGCACCGUGGGGAAGGUGCUCGAAGCGCUUCUCACACUGCUCGGUGACACGGAUGCCGCGAGCUGGGCAACAGCGGCCACGGCCCUCGACAAGCCCGAAGAACUAGUGCGCGAGAUCCGUGCAUUGGGCCCUUUGGGAUGUAGUCGGCUGCAGCUGCAGAGGGCAGCUGCCGUGAUCUCAGAGGCAGAUUUGGGAAGCCUCAUGGCUACGACAUCUACGACAGCGCCUCCGCCAAAGGCGAAGGCGAAGGCGGCUAAGGCCAAGGCGGCGGAGCCUUCAGCCCUGCCGCCUCGGCCGCAGGAGGGCGCACUGCGGGCGGCACUCGCACUGGCACAGCUGGUCGAAUCGUAUGUGGCGCCAGCAGAGAGCCCGUUUUCCAAGUUUCCGAUGGAGUGGCCAGCGGUGCCAUUCAGAGACCUUCACAGGAACCUGCAACAUGCUCUGCACUCGAAGCAGCAUGCAUGUCUGAUUUGCGGCAGCAAGCUGGCUACCAAAGCUGUCAGCCAGUACCUGCAGCUCUGUGAUGCGGGGAUGGUCAACGUGUGUCAGCUCCAAGUUCAGGUGCAGCUGGCCAAGGCGAUGCCACCAGACAUAGCUCGCACAACGCUUGGAAGCGCAUUGAAGGAAGCACUUGCUCGAGGAUCACGCCUCGCGCUGCAACUGGGGACUUCCCCACCGAACUUGCGCAGAUUCUGUGACUCACAGAUGCCUAUCGAAGCCUUCGAGCAUGAGAAGACCAGUGAGGUCGCACGGACACUCGGCCUGGAAGCCGCGGAAGCUCCCGACUUUCAGAUGGUUCUCCUUGUUGAAAUGUCCAAGGGAACGGCUGAAAAGGCUCUGCCACAGGUGCUCCCCGGUUUCGACGAGAUGGCCGUCAUGCUUGUGGAUGACGCAACCCUGCCAUCCAACAGCCAACUGGACGAAGCAAGCAAAAGACCUACGUCCCUAAGAUCAGCGCUGAGCCUCCUAGCCGUGGAUGCAGCGAAGACCGCAGCACCCACUGCCCCGACUGAAGCUCCAGUAGCCUUUUCGGAGGGCGUAGUGGUCAACGAAAUCGAUUUCGAGUACAUGGAAAAGUUUGGAGACGACUGGCAAGAGCGCUGGCUGCUCGGGCCCUCGGAGCAGGACGAGAGCGGCAAGGAAAUCCGAAAGGGUUUGAUUUCGGCAAAGCUGGUGAAAUAUCCAUCCAACCCCAAGGAUGCAAAGAUGUGCCUGCAGCUGAUGGGAGGGGCUGCGAACGCACCAUGCACUGGCAUUUGGACUUCCUUCACUCCGCUCAUCAGGCCAACGGAGGUAGAAUUUGAGUUCACCGUGAAUGGGAAGGUUGACAUGCCAAAUGCAUGCCUGGUGUUUACGGAGAAACCCUUCGAGGGAGCUUUGCCGGACUGCAAAGUGGGAGUGCAAUUCACGGUCCGUGGAGGCAUGCAGCUUUGUGGAGGUGGAGGAAACUUGGUGAGGAUUAGCAAUGAUGGAAAGAUUCAGAACGACAAGUGGAACAAGGUCCUCAUAAAGAUCGAUUGGGCUGACAAAAUUGCCGUGGCUCAAGUGGACACCCGAGGCAAGGGAUACGCACCAGCAAUCCAGACAGUGCCUUUCAGGGAUCCUACUUGCUGCGGAUUCGGUGCCCUGUUCAUCUACAACACCGACACCCAGGCUACCUGUUGGUUCAGCGAGCUCCGAGUGAAGCAACACCAGCAGGACAUGGCCAUGAGCGGCAACGAUGCCUUAGAUGCACGCAGAGAGCUUGCCGAAAGAAUGAAGCAGAGAGAGUACCAAAUGGCUGUGGAUGCUGAUAUGGAAGUUGGCAUGAAAAUGGGUGCCAUCAAGUCAACGACAUGCCAUGGGAUGAACUUGGCCAUGGAACAGGCUGCAAACAACUCCAGCGGCCAUGCCUUGGGAUGA